AUUCCCACCUUUCCAAUUCAAUUUUGCUCUUCGUUCAAUCCCCUCCGAAUUUCUUUCCCUCUAUCUACAUUGCAUACUCUCCACCAUGGCAACCCAGGCUGAUGAUGUCAAACGCGAAGAACAAAUAACCCAAGCUUUGAGUCAGGUCGAGGCUCAUGCCAGUCAACUCAAGAGCGGUGACCCUGAAGCUCGCCAGAAGCUCAUUGCGAGUGCCCGUGAGCUCGUUACUGCAGCCGAAACCCCAGUCGAAACACUUCUGUGGAACAUCUGGGCACUUCCCACCCGUACCACCGCUCUACGUAUCGCGGUAGAUUUGAAAAUCUUCGAGACAGCUGUGGCCGAUAAUGGAAGCCCUAAGACGAAUGAGCAACUGGCUGCCCCAACAGGUGCAUCGCCUACCCUCGUCAAGCGUGUCGCCAGGGCCUGCGCGUCGAUGAAAAUGUUGGACGAGCAAGCUCCAGGUGUUUACGCAGCCAACUCUCUCACCCAACUUUUGGCGCAACCCGAAUACGCCGCCGGCAUUAUCUUCACGUUUGAUAUGACGCAAGUUCCUUUUGCGAACUUGCCCACCUACCUAAAGAACAACAAGUUCCAAAACCCCGAGAAUGGUGUAGACGGGCCUUUCCAAUACGCGCACAAACACGAAGGUCACGCCUUUCAUUUCCUGACCGCCCACCCAGAGAUCUUCCAAGCCUUCCACGGAUAUGUACACGCACUGCGCACGCACCGUCCCAGCUGGACCGAGAUGUACCCUGUCCAAGAACGACUCGUUCAAGGCCUGAAGACCGAAGGCGAUGCCUCAGCACUCAUCGAUCUGGGUGGUGGCGUCGGGCAGACAUUACAAGACUUCACCAAGGCCGUCCCAGAGUACAACGGCCGCCUUGUCCUUCAAGAGCUCCCCGAAGUCAUUGGAGCCGCGACGGCAAUGGGUGUAGGCGCAGACAAUCGCAUCGAGCUGCAAGCAUACGACUUCUUCACACCGCAGCCUAUCAAGGGUGCACGCGCUUACUUUAUGCGCUCUGUUCUUCACGAUUGGCCCGAUGAGCUCUGCCGUAAGAUUCUCGCCAACAUCAAGGACGCCAUGGAGCCGGGGUACUCCAAGAUUCUGAUUAGCGACUGUGUGCUUGCGGACCAGGGCGCAUCAUGGCAGCACCUGUCAUUGGAUCUGUACAUGAUGGCGCAAGCCUCCUCCCAGGAGCGCACGGAAAAAGAAUGGCACAAACUUAUUGAAAGCUGUGGCUUGAAGAUCGCCGGCAUCUACAACAAGGGAGAUGGAAACGAGGGCUUGAUCGAGGUCGUUUGCGAGUAG